GUGGGGCAGGCAGGCCAGAGGAAGCAGAGGAUAAAGGGCAGAGGAGCGGGUUUCAUCCAAACACUCAGGGUCAGAGGAGCACAGUUUAUUCCAGCUGCCAGUGUUUGAGGACAGGUCACCAGUCCAACGUGAUUAAAUUACUUUUGUUGGGAGGAAGGCGAGCAGGAUGACAGGGCUGUUACAGCACCCAGGAUACGAGGAGGAGAGGCUGCAGAGAGCCGCAGAGCAGCUGCCCAGCAGGGAGGUCCAGGCUGGGAUGCUGCUGUCUCUCAUGGGACAGCCACAGCACUACUGCUACCCUUCAGUCUUCAUCUAUGGCCAUCGAGCCUCAGGAAAGAGCCACGUUGUCAACAUUUUAAUGAAGGAAUUGGAGCUGCCUCACGCCACAGUCAGCUGUGUCGAAUGCGUUUCUGUCGCGUUGCUGUUUGAACAAGUGCUGCUGUCCUUCUUCGGCUGUGAAGCCGCCUCGCUGCUCCCCCGCAGUCCCUCCUUGUCUGACUUUGUGCGCAUCUACAGACAAUAUUCCUCCUGGUCGCCUGCCAAGCAGACGCGAUACAUUGUAAUGGAAAAAGCUGAACUUCUGAGGGACAGUGAUGCCAAUCUCCUGCCCGCUCUCCUUCGUCUUCAGGAACUGGUUGAGGACAACAUUACCGUCAUCCUGCUCAGUGAAAUCGUUUGGGACCAGUUCAGACCAAACUCCGGCUGCUUUGAACCACUUCUGCUCCAUUUCCCUGACUACAGUAAAGGUGAGCUGCAACAGAUUUUAUCCCAGGACAGAAAUCCUUCAUAUUCAGCCGAGUUUUACUCGUCCUACAUCAACAUCCUGCUAGGAGUCUUUUACUCGGUCUGCCGAGACCUCCGAGAGCUGCGACACCUGGCUGCCCUCAACUUUUCAAAGUUCUGCGAGCCUUUGGCAGCUGGGAAAGUGAAAGAGACUGACACACAUAAGCUGUGGAAAAACAUUGAGCCUCAUCUGAAAAAAGCCAUGCAGACGGUUUACCUGAGGGAGGUGUCCAGUCUUCAGUGGGAGCAGAUGCAGCAAACGGAGGACGAGACUGGAGCUUUGAGAGGCUUAUCAGCUCACACUCACGUUGAACUGCCGUAUUACUCCAAGUACCUGCUGAUCGCUGCCUAUCUGGCUUCCUACAACCCAGCUCGCACGGAUAAACGCUUCUUUCUUAAGCAUCACGGUAAAAUAAGAAAAACAAACUUCCUGAAGAAAAAUGAAAAGACCAGCAACCACCUUCUGGGCCCGAAGCCCUUCCCUUUGGACCGCUUGCUCGCCAUUUUCUACAGCGUAGUGGACAGCAGAGUCGCCCCGACCGCCAGCAUCUUCUCUCAGAUUUCGUCUCUGGUGACCUUACAACUGCUGGUUCAGGUCAGUCAUGACGACCAGCUUGAUGCCCCAAAGUACAAAUGUGCAGUUUCGCUGGAUUUCAUUUGUGCCAUAUCCAGGACGGUGAAUUUUGAUAUUGUGAAGUAUCUGUAUGACUUCCUGUGAGCCGCGGAGCGUGAAAGAGAGAUGAGACAGAGACAGCAAGACAAAAGAGAGAUUUCAUCUGCAAGAGCACACUUCAGGUCAAGCGUUUGGUAGCAUAAGAGCUCAGAUUACUGAUGUGGAGGGACGUUAAUCUGAUUAUGUUGCUGCCCCCUUGUGGUUGCCUGUAUAAAAAGCCUUUGCUUGACUUGAAAUAUCCUAAAAAUGUGUUUUCAAAAUAAACUUUAUUUUCUGUCAUAAUAAACAAAUAUCCUGUACAUUUUGUUAUAGAACAGAGAUUCAGCAGCCAGGCUGCUCUGUCUCUAGUCGUUUAAAAAGGAGCUUUUGUGGCUUUCUACCAGUUUCCCCUGACAUGAAGGCAUCCUGGCACCGUACAGGUGAAUCAUUGUCGUUGCUCAGAGGCAGGAUUUUUUCUCUCUGAUGUGUUUUUACCCUGUUGAGGUACAGCAUUAAGUCAGAUGAUGUAACUGCUGCAGCUGGGCAGAUGCACAGGUUUUAAACAACUAAACAACGCUGGUUCUCAACAUUUCUGACCCAUUAAACUGGUUAUCAGUUGGAUUAUUAUUCCUGUACUUUGUUGUAAUGCUGCUUUGGGCCUGACAUGCUUUCAUGAGAAGGCAAAGAUUGGAACUUUUUUAUAUGUAGAAAUGUGUUAAUUUAUCUGUAAUCCUGGUAAAUCCAUGUUGAU